CAUGUGAUUACUCUCGACCAAUCGCAAUUCGUUUUAUCAGUCAUCAUCAUCCAUAUUCAGCUGUUACAUCGGAUUUUUUCCUGGAUCAGUAAACUUUGUCGGUAAUUACAUAUAAAGGACCGAAAUGUCUAACUUAUUAGACUUGGAAGAAAUCGCCAAGACCUGGGCAUGGACUGCAUUCAUGAAAACACGGUCAAAAGAACUCAGUAAAUUAAAAUAUGAUGAUGUGAGACUUGAUGUGAAUUGGUCCAGGGUCCGCUUCGUUUCUGAGGGAGAGGAAUACUUAGAUAAAAAGAUGGAAGAUGUGCCAACAGUACAAGUCGUUUUUCAGUCCACCUUUCAAAAUAAUACGGAUUCUGAGCAGGAGCAUUCUUUCCAAACAGAGAGAACAACAACAUGCGUUAGUACGACCAAUAUAACCAAAGGUUUUACGAAAGGUUUUAAUGUAGAGCUGAAACUCGGACUUCCGGAUGAAGUAGCAGGUAUCACUGCUGGUUUCGGAAGAGAGACGACUAUGGAAACCGGAUUUGAAGAUACUAAUGAGAAAUCGUUAACUUGGGCCGUUAAUAGUACAGUGAAGGUGCCGAAAAAGACCAAAACAACGGCUGUCAUGGAAGUAAAGGAAAAAGAAUUUACCGCAAGUUACAAAAUGAAUGUGAAAGUACGCGGGAUUGUUUUUGUCUCGAUCACAAAUCUAAAGGAUAACAAUGCGUUCAUUCAGUCUGUGGAAGGAGAUUUUUCAGAAAUGAUGAAAGACGAAGCUAAAAAUGGGUCAAAAGGAUUUGUGGUCGAGAACAGAACAAUAACCUGGGAUAUUGAAGGGAACUGUAAAUUUAGAUUCGGAAUCGAACAAUCUGUUCGACUUGAAGAGGAGCCUAUUAGUUAACCUCGCAUAAAACAUCAAAUUAUUAACUUUAGAUUGUCACACACAUUAGAGAAUGAUUUUUAAAAUUAAUUAAUUAAAAAAUUAGAACUGUAUUACCAGGAGCUGAAUAUGUUUAUCAAAAAAUGAUAUGUAACAUGAUAUAAUGUACUAAAAAUAAAUGACGCCGCUUUUAUGUGAGAUAUUGGAGAA